AUCUGCGUUUGCGUAUAGAGCCUCGCGUACAUGCUCUUCCUCGCGGUAGCGUGGUCAGCGCGUUUGCGAUUGUGUUCUUGUAGUAAUAUCCUUCGUAGCUGCCUAUAGUGGCCAUCGCGAGAGUGCUGCGUUACGCGUGCUGCAGAUAUCGAAGAAUCUCCGCGAGGUCCAGUCUAGAUCCGAUGGAUGCUGCAGAAGAAAUAGCGAGACAAGAAAACCAAAAAGCAGGAGAGACAAGAGAGCUCCGGAGCGGAUGUUUUCGAAAGCAUUUUUCUCUCGCACACAUGGAGUUUUGAGAAUCAUAAGUCUUGCUGGAAGCCGGCUGGUCAUUAUACCAUACUUUGGGUCACGACGCAGAUGAGUCGGAGGGAAAAAAGCAUCCGCGCAACUCCCAACAGUGUUUUUGUUUUUAAUACUGUGCCGAGGUUCGUUUUGUGUUAUUUUCUCAUAGCACCUCCCAUGAGUUAGGGAUUAUGGGCUGAGAAUAUUGCUGGAGUGUGUUUCGUUUGUGUUUACGCGGAGCUUUUCUGGUGUGUUUAUGAAGUGCAAUUUUUAUGUUUAGCAUUCUACCAAAGCUAAUUAUGGUUUUGCUGCGUUCAAAAGCGUGAAUAAUUGAAUCGGCUGGAAACGAUACUAAGCUCAGAUACAUCGGAAAAUAAGCCAUUCAUGGGGUUUGAACGGCGUCACAUUGUAUGCCGUGAUAAGAUCCAUCUUUCGCGCUUUGCCAGUGUUCGCCGGGUUUGCUAUUAUCGUGCCCUUGAAAAUCGUGUCAUUGGAUCAGAGAAUACGUAAAUGCCGGAGCUAUUUAUAACCUCACAGCCGAGAAGAACUCAGAAACACCACAGAAGCAAAACAAUAUCUCGUAUGAAGUGUUUCGAUAGUGUUUUUAACAAAGUAGUAGUAACCGUCUCGGCAGCGGCAGAGACCAAGAAGAUAAGGCACCCAAGAAAGUGAUACUUCAAGAAACAGCUUGGAGUUGAGAUCGUAUACCAGAAGCUGUAUGAAAACUGGUCAAUUCUUGCUCUUCUUCAGACUUUGUAAUUGCAGCAUCACGCUUAUGAUCGGAGCGAAUGCUGUGUGUCAGUACAUAGUGAUGAUUUAUGGCAACCGAAAGUAACCGGCGCACGUGGUGUUUGUAAACAAAUGCCGGUGUUUUACCUCUCAAUAUACUGCACAACCGAGUGAGGGCCUUAUCGGGCGCUGAAAAAAAAUAGGAGGAGCGCAAGAAAGUGAAUCAGAAAGCAUUCAUCACUUACGUGAUAACAGUGACAUUUUCCAAACCCCGGACAAUACGAUGACGCUGGCCAUCAUCCUAUUCUAUGUAUUCAUCACGCUGUUUAUGUUGAUGUCGUACAACCCAAAGCCGCGCAAGAUACUGGAAUCGAUGAAAGCUUUCUCGCUGCAGCUUAUUUUCGCCAGCCGCAAUUAUGUCGCAUCGUUGGUGCGCUCUGUAGCGAGCAGAAAAACGUCAGGAAGUAACGACCAAAUAAAAUCCAUUUGGGAUAUCCCAGGGCCGAAACGAUGGCCAUUGAUUGGAACCCAAUGGAUGUACACAUUUGGACGAUACAAACUGAACAAAGUGCACGAUACAUUUGUGGAUCUGCACAAACGCUACGGUAAUAUUGUGCUGGAAGUUAGCUCGGUUCCGAUAGUAAAUCUUUUCGACCGUGUGGACAUAGAGAAGGUCUUGAAGUAUCCAAGCAAGUAUCCGUAUCGGCCUCCUACAGAAAUAAUAGAGUUCUACAGAAAAAGUCGACCGGAUCGCUUCGCAAGCACCGGUAUAGUAAACACGCAAGGCGUUCAAUGGCACGAGCUUCGUGUUAAGCUUACAUCCGGGAUAACCUCGCGCAAAGUGCUCCAAUCAUUUAUUCCAUCGUUGAACGAAAUUUGUCAGGAUUUCAUCGAAUUGAUCCGUCGAAAACGGGAUGAAAAUAAUUGUGUCAAGGACUUUCAGGACAUCGCGAAUACCGUUGGACUUGAAAUUAUUUGCUGUCUUGUUUUGGGCCGCCGAAUGGGCUAUAUGACCGCAGACAAGCAAAAAAAUGAGAAAUUCAUAAAAUUGGCCGAUGCUGUUAAAUCAACAUUUGUCCACAUCAGCAGAAGUAACUACGGCAUGAAGUUGUGGAGAUAUUUCCCUACAAAAUUGUAUCGAGAUUAUGUUCAGUGCGAAGAAACCGUUUACGACACAAUCGCAGAUAUCGUUCAUGAAGCACUGAAGGAGGAGCGAACCGAUCAUUCAGAGAAUGAUAUGCGUAGCAUUUUCCUAAAUAUUCUUCAGACCGAAGGACUCGACACAAAGGAUAAGAUUGUUGGUAUCAUCGAUUUGAUUCAUGCCUCUAUUGAGACGUUUUCGAACACCCUUUCUUUCCUACUACACAAUCUGAGUCAACAUCCGCACAAACAGAGCCGAAUAGCGCAAGAAUUUGGCACUGAUUCUGAACUGAUCACAAGCAACGACAUGGCCAAUGCGGUAUUUACCAAAGCCUGUAUUAAGGAGUCGUACCGCAUUUCACCGGCCACCCCAUGUCUCGCGAGAAUUUUGGAGGAGGAUUUCAUCCUAUCAGGCUACCAUCUGAAAGCAGGGACGGUAAUUCUCUGCCACACCCGAACAUCAUGCCAAAGCGAGGAUAAUUUCAAACAAGCCGAUCAAUACCUACCGGAAAGAUGGCUUGAGCAAGUAGACGAAAACCAGAAUGUGUACAAAUUGGAGGAGCCUGGAGCUUCGUUAGUGCUACCAUUCGGCACCGGUAGACGAAUGUGUCCCGGCCAUCGUAUCAUCGACAUCGAACUGACCCUUGUUGCCGCAAAAAUUUUUCAACAUUUUGAAGUGGACUACCUCAGUGAACUGGACACGCAAUUCCAAUUUUUGCUAGCGCCGAAAACACCUAUUGAGAUUAUGUUUAAAGACCGCAAAUGAGAGCCCGAAGUAUAUGCCACACAUACCUUUCAUUAUUUGUUAACUAUUGUGAUUAAGCGUCUUAAUGUUAGUUUCGUGUAAAAAAACCCAUUAGAACUCAGUUUAUGAUGAAGCGUCAGAAUCAUAUUGAUUAUUCCUAUUAAUUCAGAUUGUUGAUCUGUGUACAAUUGCCACUUAUUAUAUACAAAUAUUUGUGUGACCUAUUAGAUUUACGAACAAUUUUUUGUACUGAAAUAAUUUAUUGCAUUUGUACAAACUAUGAUUACGGACAAGAUGAAAAAAUCCAAAUAUAUAUUGACUUAUUUUUUUCUAAAAAACCAAA